CCCGGAAGCUCAAAAUCGUUUACAUGUCAGUGUAAAGUAACGUCUAACUUUAAAUAGAUAAGAUGGCAUCUAGUUCAGAGGAAGCAGACUUCCGAAUACUCCUAGUUGGAAAAACGGGGGAUGGUAAAAGUUCUACAGGAAACACAAUUGUUGAUGAUUACGUCUUUGAGGAAGAGUCGUCGCCAGUGUCAGUCACGAGGACGUGCAAAUGGUCAGGGACGUAUACAAGGUUUGGCAAAACAGUGGAAGUCGUCGAUACCCCUGGAAUAUUUGACACGCACUUAGAUAAUAAUGCAGUGUGUAAGGAGUUACUGAAAUCAUUAUUUCUGACGACCCCGGGAUUUCAUGCAAUUGCUUUUGUAUUGAGGAAUGGAACUAGAUUCACAGAUGAAGCACAGAAGACAAAGGAGCUGUUUUUGGAAUGGUUUGGACCAGAAAUUGAAAAGUAUGCAUGUCUUAUACUCACACACACAAUGAGUAAAAAAGAAAUGCAAGAAUAUAUCGUUAAAAAUGCUCAUACAACUCUUUCCGACUUGGCAACAAUGUGUAAGGACAAGUUUGUUCCAAUAGAUAACAAAGGUAAACAAAAACUAAAGGACCAUCAAGUCAGGCAUCUUUUCGAUGUUCUGGAAAAUAUCAAGCAAAGUAACAAAUGCGAGUAUUUUUCUAAUAUUUGCUAUCGGCUUGCAGAUGUAUAUAUCAAGAAUAAAUGUCCAGAGGAACUUACAAAAAACUCAAUACGCUUGUUGGAGAAGGCUGGACUUGAAAUGGAAAUAGACGAGAGACAGUGUCGAUAUUAUGACAAGAUGUUUCUGGUGCAGGAAGAAGACACUCCCUCAAACGGAAGAGAUGAGAAUAACCAAGGAACCGAAUCAUUUAUGUCGCAGGAAUCAGGAAGAGUAGGAAAUUUAACAAUAAUUGAUAAUACAACAAACGAAAUAAUACCUAAUACGCCAAAACAACAAAAAAAUGAAAAGACAUCGGAACGGAAAAAUAUUGAAACCCAUUCAUCUUCACCCAAAGAACGGAGUACGGAGACAUGCUCAGACCAGGUAGAUGAUGAAGGUUUUGCGUUACCUGGAAGACGCGAAGAAUACAAAAAGUUGUUUAACGAAGAUGCAAGUGGAGAAAAAUUGAGCGGAUUCUUCGGGUUUAUUAUACGAGCAUGGAGAUGGUGUAAAGAAAAGGCAAAAGUCAUCAUACGUUAUUAAAUGCAGAAGACCUUGGGUUAAAGUAUAUUUCUAACUCUAACACGACCAGCAAAUAACCAAUACAUAUUCAUAGAAAAAUAUCAGUCAACGUUUAUUUUAUUUUUUUUUUUUUUCGAUAACUCAUGCGCGUGCAGUGGCGUCAUCCGAUCCAGGUGCGUAGCACGGUCGUAAAAGGUAGUUACCAUUUUUCUAACACUGUUGAUACUAGUAUGUCGAGUUAGAAUCGAAUAACAAGUUCCCAAGUGUGAUUUUUCGUAGAAUAACACGAGUUUUCCGUUCUUAUGCAAAACAAUAGAUCAUUCAGGCCUGCGGCCUUCGUGGUGUAAUUAUUCUUACGCAUAAGAAUAUUCUACGAUAAAUCACGCUUUGAAACUUAUUAGUUCUUAAAUAAGGGAUUUUGCAAUUUUAUGCUAGUUCUGCACGUAUGGAUUGAAUUUUUUUUCUACAAUGCAGAAUUUGAUUAAACAAUGAGUUUUUUAAAACUUCAGAAUAUACCUAGAAAAUUCAACUAAUGAAAAAGACAGUGCUUGAUUUUUUGCUAGACUGAUUUGAAAAAUUUGGACCUCACACAAUAUUUCAUAAUGAGAGUCUAUGGGAAAAUCAUUACUUUCAUAACAUUUUCGCAUGUAGAUUUUUUUCUACUAUGUAGAUUAUCGAUAAAGCUUCUCACAGUUGUAAAUAAACACAUGGCCUAUUAUUUGGUAAAAUAAAAUGUAUAGGUCCGUGUGCUUGUUUGCGAGAUAUUCGAUCAUGAUGAAAGUCAACCGGACACUUCACACUAAUUUUAAGACAUUAUUUUAACGUGCAAUUUGUUU